GGAUGUGUCAGUACUAUUAAGAUUGACUUUCAACAAUCAUUCUCACAACUCUUUAAUCCUCUGUGAGAAGUGCAUGGAUAAAGUUUGCUGUAAGAUAUCUCAGAAGAAUUCUAACAAUGAAGAUAACUUGUACAGCAUUUGUGCUCCUCAUCCAAACAUUACAAUCUUUGGCUUCUGAUGAUUCACCAUUUCAACUAACUAACAAAGCCACUGGUUUUUGUUUGAUUAAACCAAAUAACUUCUGCUUUGACAUACGCUGGACAAGUGGUGACCGACUUCUGGUUCACUGGAAUAAGAAGUGCCUGGGAGCCCAGGGGAAAAGUGUGGGAAGUGAAAUAAGCCUCUAUGAUUGUGACGAAAACAGCGAACUCCAAAAGUGGGAAUGCAAGAAUGAAACAGUGCUCACCCUCAAAGGCCAAGAGCUUUACAUUGAGCUCACUGCAGAUAACACAGCAGUUCUUUCUAAAACAAUGGGACCCAAUAACCACCUCACAAUCUCAGGGACGUCCAGCGGUGCUUGCACAAGAACAUACAGAGAACUUUAUUCCAUUGAUGGAAAUGCAGCUGGAAUGCCGUGCAUGUUUCCCUUCCAGUACAAAGACCAGUGGUACUCAGACUGCAUUAAACUUGUCCCUUCAGGGCGUCCUUGGUGUGCAGUUGAAACAAAAUUUCAAAGUGAACGCUGGGGCUACUGCCCAAUUAAUUCCAAAGAAGGCUGGAACAAACACCCAACAACAGGAGCAUAUUACCAGCUCAACACACAGUCAGCUCUGACUUGGCCCCAGGCUGACACCAGCUGCAAACAGCAGGGUGCCUCUCUGCUCAGUAUCACCGAUCCUCAUGAGCAGGCUUAUGUCACAGCACUACUAGGGACAAGCGGCAAUACGCUUUGGACUGGGCUGAUCCUGGAUCCAGAACAUGGCUGGCAGUGGUCUAACGGGAGGCCUUUCCGCUAUCUGAAUUGGGACUCAGGACAUCCACUUCCUAAUCCGGGAUACAACUGUGCAGUUGUUGAUCCUGCUGUACAGUACUCCUGGCAAAGUUCACCUUGCAGCAAGAAACUUGGGUACAUCUGCUACAGUAAAGCGGCCGAGCAACUGCCCACGCAAGUUGCUGAGACAGGCUUUUGUUCAAGUCCUUGGAUUCCCUACAAUGGCCACUGCUUCCACCUCAAUCGUACUCAGAAAACAUGGACUGAUGCUCAGAGACAGUGUCGUUAUGAAGGAGGAGACCUAGUCAGCAUCAGCAAUGUGGAGGACCAAAGCUUUGUCAUCUCUCAACUUGGAUACACAUCUACUGAUGAGCUUUGGAUAGGACUGAAUGACAGGAAGACAGAGAGGCUGUUUGACUGGAGUGACCACUCUACUGUCAGAUUCACUAGCUGGGAAUUUGGGAAUCCUGCUGUCUCCAAUGAUAUAAAGGACUGUGUUCUCAUCAGUGGAGAGAACGGGAACUGGGCUGACCGUGUGUGUGUGGAGAAACAUGGCUUCAUUUGUAUGAAGAUGAGUGCCUCAAAACCCACUGGAGAUGAAGUGGAGCAGGAUGUAGGCUGCAAAACUGGAUGGAGAAGACAUGGCUCAUACUGCUACUAUAUAGGGACACAGACAAAAACUUUCGAUGAAGCUAGAGAUGACUGCAAGAGUUCAGAUUCUUAUUUAGCUGAUGUUUCAAAUGGGGUGGAUAAUGCAUUCCUUGUCAGCUUGGUGGGGUUGAGACCAGAGAAAUACUUCUGGCUGGGCCUCUCAAAUCAGAAAAACAUUGAUGUAUUUGUGUGGACCAACACAGACUCAGUGAAAUUUACUCACUGGAAUGCUGAAAUGCCAGGUCACCGACAGGGCUGUGUUGCCAUGACAACUGGAAUUUUUGCUGGCCUCUGGGAUGUGCUGCCCUGCACCAAUAAGGAGAAAUAUGUCUGCAAACAUCUGGCAGAGGGGGCAAUUUUAACCCCUGCACCGCCAACUCGUGCCCCUACUGGGUGUGUUAAUAGCUGGACUCAAAUGGGAUCAAGAAACUAUUGCUUUAAGAUCUUUUUACAGUCAUCAAACAAGAAGACCUGGUAUGAGGCCAGAGAUUACUGCAGGGCCAUUGGAGGAGACCUGCUCAGCAUCCAUAGUGCUGCUGAGCUACAAGUGCUACCAGAUCGCUAUGAAGCAGUCUGGAUUGGACUUAGUGCCCCUGACCCAGUCACUGGUUAUGUUUGGAGCGAUGAAUCCCCACUGCAGUUCCAACACUGGGAGGAUGGAGAGCCAAACAAUAAAAACAACGUGGAAUCUUGCACUGAAUUAAAACUACAUAGGCGUGGUACGAGUGGGUCGUGGAACGAUGUGCACUGUGAGACAUACCAUGGAUGGCUAUGCCAGAUCCCUGCAGGGGUGACUCCAAAUCCGCCUCCAGAUCCUGUCACUCUUGACUACAAUAAGACCUCAGACGGGUGGCUAGAAUGGAAUGGGAAUCAGUAUUAUAUUAACAGUAGGUCGAUGGCCAUGGAAGAAGCUCGUCACUUCUGCCAACAGAGGCAUGGUGACUUGGUAACUAUCAACAGCGAAGCUGAAAGUGUCUUUUUGUGGAAACAGAUAUCCAGAAGUUAUGGGUCUUACUGGAUAGGCCUGACUGUAGAUCUUGAUAGAACAUAUGGGUGGAUGGAUGGUUCCCCAGUGGUGUUUCAAAGGUGGGAUGAAAAUCAACCUGAUUUCCUGAACAAUGAUGAGAAUUGUGCUGUCAUGACUAUCUCUAUGGGGUUCUGGCAUGAUAAUGCUUGUGGGUUUGAACACAAGUCAAUAUGCAAACGCAGUAGCUCACCACCUGUCAACACCACUGUAGCACCAACAGUUCCUCCGAAAGGUGGCUGUCCACAAAACUGGAAAAAGUUUGACUCAAAGUGUUACAACAUCAUUAAUACCCAGAAUAAGACAUGGGAUGGAGCACAGACACAAUGCAAAUCAAUGGGAGGAAAUCUGGCCUCAAUUCUCUCAAGACAUGUGCAAGUAUUUUUGACAACUAAAAUGGCCGAGGCACCUACCACUGACCUGUGGAUUGGUUUGCAUAAUUCAGAGGGCAACCAAUUUUAUUGGACUGAUGGGCGACCAAUGCGAUACAACAACUGGGGGUCUGAACGCGACUAUCAACACAUUAUGCAUGAACAUUUUUGGUAUCAUCACCAUUUUCACAGAUUGCAUUAUAUGGACUAUGAGAUGGAUUAUGGCAGGAUUAUUUCAACACCUCAGACAGAGUGUGCUGGGAUGACUACCGAUCCCAAAAUUGGUCUUGGGAAAUGGAUUAAAAAGUCCUGCAAUGACACCACUGGAUUUGUCUGUCUUCGAAAUGUUGACCCCACUCAAGCAGACUCCCCUGAACCAACAACUACAGACUAUGUCAAAAUAUUUAAUGACUCUAUGAAGGUUGUUACUCAAAAAAUGACCUGGUAUGAAGCCAAGAAGAACUGUGACAGUGAUGGUGCCAAACUGGCUAGCCUGCGAAAUGAGUGGUCACGGGUCUACAUUGAGCUUAUGGCGUGGAAAGCUCCUCUGUGGAUUGCACUGAACAAGAAGGAGACUGCCGGAUAUUUCAGAUAUAUUGAUGGCUGGCGUCUCACCAUAACCAACUGGGGUAUACUGGAACCAAGCACGGACCGACCUUGUGUGUUUGUGGAUGUAGAUGGAAAAUGGAAGACUGCUGACUGCAAUCAGAACAUGACAAGCGUUUGUAUGAAGUCUACAGAUGUACCACCAACAGAGUCAAGUGCAUUCCCAGGAUUUUGCCCUGAUGACCCAGAUACACCCAGAUACUCAAGAGAGAGUUACAGCUGGCUACCAUUUAAGGGUUAUUGUUACCUCUUUCUCACAGAAAAGGUUGAGUGGCCAGAUGCAUCUGCUAACUGUGUAAGACAUGGUGGAACUCUUGCCAGCAUUGAAGAUCCCUCUGAGCAAGACUUCAUUCAAAGCAAUAUCAACAUAUUUAAAGACAGCCACACCUCUUUCUGGAUCGGCUUGUAUAAAACUCACAGAGGCAUGUGGCUGUGGUUGGAUAAAACCGCCAUGGACUACACUAACUGGGGUGACGGUGAACCUGAUAGCAACACUUACGGAGCAAUUAGAGCUGCAAAUGGGAAAUGGUCAACAGCUCGCCCAUGGUAUGACAGAGGAUAUAUUUGCAAAACCUCCAAAGUAUUACGACAAGCGCCAACAACAUCUGUAAUUUCUACGGUGGAUCCUCAAACCCGUGGCCACAUAAUUUUGGCAGUUGUGCUGGUCAUUACUGCAGUUGCCAUAGGGAUGGUCAUCGUCUUAUUUCUCUUCAAGAAGUCCGGGCGCACCUUACGUAUCCCUGAAAAGUUAACUACCUUCGACAACCCACUCUUCUUCAACAAUGAGCGGUCCCGGCCUGAUCUGGUCGACACCAGUAAACUGGUAGAAAAUGCAGAGGAAGAGAACUCUGGGUCUAUGUGAUGUAAAUACUAGCAGAAUCUACUGAGCCAUGUAUCUUGGGCAGAGGGUUGAUGGCUUUCUCAUUUGCAGGACCAAGAAUUUCAUUUUCUGUUUUAAAUGAGACGUUUCAAAGCAGUUGGCAAGAACUGGCUUAAAUGAAGAAAACUAUUUCAGCUGUAGGAUGUCUUACUUUACAUACAAAUAUCAUUUGAAAUUAUGUUUGUGUAUUUUAUAACAACUAAGAAUUUACUGAUUGAUUGAAUGUAAAGGGGGAUUCUUAAUUCAUACCUUAUUUUGCUUUAAACUACUUCUGUAUAUACCUGGAUUGUGAAAUUUCUACUAGACUUUAAACAAGGAAAAAAAUAUAACAUGUUCCUACUGGACCAUAGUACAAGUUAAGACCACAUAUCAUCACUGCAUUUCAUCAUCUUUGAAGGUAUUGUAGAUGACAUUUUAUCUGUCUAAAAAUCCUGGUGACUCCUUAGAUAUGUCUUGCAGAUGAGAAUUAAAACAAUUGUAUUAAAAGACGUUGAAAAUAAUAACCCAUGUAUCUACA